GUAGUUUCAUGCAUGUUAAUGAGUAAAACUGUGACAGUUUAUUUACUGCACUCCCGUAACCAGUAAAACAACUGAAACUAUUAUUUAAUCCUUUAGCAAUAAACCAUUAAGCCCACAAACUACGAGCUAGUGAGCUCUUAAUGUCCCAAUAAGCAUAUGAUUUGAACAAAAAUACCCUAUUUUUCCGAGCCCUGCCAUUUGCCACCAGUUUCUGGUUCUUCCCAGAGAUUGACCGCUGGUUCCUUGGCUCGAUCAUCAUGUCGGGGUUGUUGACCACGGUGGAGGAUCUGUUCCAGACCCGAGACUUGUACCAAGUGUUAGGCCUAACCUCCGAGGCCAGUCCGGCUCAGCUCAAGAAAGGCUAUCAUAAACGAUCGUUAACAGAACAUCCCGACCGAAAUCCCCACGGCGAUCAGAAACGGGCCACCGCCAAAUUUCAGACCCUAAGUGCCGUGUACGCGAUUUUAUCGGAUCCAGAUGCACGUGCUUUGUACGAUGAAACGGGAGAGAUCCAUGAAGAACUGGAAAGUACACUCAACCCCCCGGACAAGGAUUGGAAUCAGUAUUGGCGACUUCUAUUCAAAAAAAUCACCGUGACGGAUAUUGCCGAAUUCGAAGCCAAGUAUAAAGAAUCCGAGGAAGAGCUGGCCGAUCUCAAAGCGGCUUAUCUGGAAGGCCAGGGCGACAUGAAUUUCAUCCUGGAUAAUGUCCUUUGCUGCAAUUUGGAUGAUGAAGCCCGAUUUACCAGUAUUCUCCAAGAUCUCAUCAGUCAGCAAGAACUUCCGGAUUAUAAGAAGUUCUCGCGGGAAUCGACCCAGAAGAAGAAACAACGAAAACGACGCUUGGAUGGGGAAAAGGUGGAGGCUGAGGCCUACGCUCAAGAACUAGGCCUAGGGGAUGGUCAAGAUGCCUUAAAGAACUUAAUCAUGAAGCGUCAAGCCCAACGAGAGAAGGAUUCGGAUUCAUUCCUAGAUCAAUUAGCCGCCAAAUACGCCCAACCUAAAGCCAAGGCUAAAGGCAAAAAGAAAUGAGCUUGAGGAUCGACAAAUUCUCGUUUCAUUGCAAAAAAGUAUUUUCGCCUGGUUUUAAGCGAUGUGAUACCUUCUGAUACAAAUCUCAAAUAGACAAGUGUACUGCAGAGGCCAA